AUGGCGUCACAGCUAGGCGUUCAGCCAUCGCUUGACACCAUUCGAGAGGUAUUGGCUGCAGCAGUCAAGUCGCCCAACCCACCGAACCUCGUGCCCGUUUUCUCCUCGAUACCCGCCGAGUUCUUGACCCCGUCAAGCAUAUACCUGAAGAUAUCCGCAAAAUCCAAGUCAAGACUAUCCUUCCUAUUCGAGAGUGCUGCGACAACCGAGACCAUAGGACGGUAUAGCUUCAUUGGCGCAGACCCUCGCAAAGUCAUCAAGACCGGCCCGGGCCAUGGCGAAGAAACCGAUCCACUACCCCUCCUCGAAAAGGAACUCGCAAAGAGCCGCGUCGCGACCGUACCCUCGAUACAACUACCUCCUAUGACCGGCGGCGCGGUGGGAUACGUUGGCUAUGAUUGCGUCAAAUACUUCGAGCCCAAGACACGGCGAGAUGACAUGAAGGAUGUGCUGGGUGUACCAGAGAGCUUCUUCAUGCUCUUCGAUACCCUGGUGGCUCUGGACCAUUUCGCGCAGGUCGUAAAGGUCAUAACGUACGUCAAGGUCCCAGACAGCAUGGACGACCUAGAACAAGCGUACGAGGAAGCGAAGAGUACACUAAAGAGGUAUAUGACGAUACUCAAGGACAAGGACAUCCCGCUACCGGAACAAGGGCCUAUACAGCUAGGCCAUCAGUACACAUCCAACAUUGGCCAGGAGGGGUACGAGAACCACGUCAAGACAUUGAAGAAGCACAUUGGCGUUGGCGACAUCAUCCAGGCAGUACCUUCGCAACGGUUUGCAAGACCGACUUCAUUGCACCCCUUCAACGUGUACCGGAACCUCCGCAACGUCAACCCCUCACCGUACCUCUUCUUCGUCGACUGUGACGAUUUUCAGAUAGUGGGGGCAAGUCCCGAGCUGCUGGUAAAAGAGGAGCAGGGUCGCAUCAUCACGCACCCCAUUGCCGGCACAGUGAAGCGGGGCAAGACACUGCAAGAAGAUGCAGCACUCGCAGACGAAUUGUCCAACUCGCUCAAGGACCGGGCCGAACAUGUUAUGUUGGUCGACUUGGCUCGCAAUGACGUCAAUCGCGUGUGCGACCCACUUUCGACACGAGUUGACAAGCUAAUGGUUGUCCAAAAGUUUUCCCACGUGCAGCACCUGGUCUCGGAGGUGUCCGGGGUGCUGCGACCUGGCAAGACACGAUUCGACGCGUUCCGCUCUAUCUUCCCAGCUGGCACGGUGAGCGGUGCGCCCAAGGUCCGUGCUAUGGAGCUCAUUGCUGAGCUGGAGCGGGAAAAACGCGGUGUAUAUGCUGGCGCGGUGGGAUACUUUGGCUACGGCAGUAUUGAUGGCGACAAGGAGAUUGAAGGUGCCAUGGACACAUGCAUUGCGCUAAGGACCAUGCUUGUCAAAGAUGGCAUCGCGUAUCUCCAAGCAGGGGGUGGCAUAGUUUUCGACUCGGACCCCUACGAUGAGUGGAUGGAGACGAUCAAUAAGUUGGGCGCGAACACGCACUGCAUCACAUCAGCUGAAGAGAAGCAUCUGGCCGAGCAGCAGGAGGCGGGCGAAGGGGACAGAGACGGGUCGGCGCCGAAGCUGGAGGGCGAUGCAGAGGCGCGGAUUACUCUUGCGGCUUGA